UUGUUUUCUAGGAAGGGAACGUCACCACCCACACAGGGAGGAGGAGGAGGGCUCACUCGAGCUACAUAAACACGCCGAGCUGCUUUUCUGAUCAGAUUACAAAGGGACUGACUAGAAAAGGUUUCGGUCGAGUUCGGCGGCUCAUUUCCACCACACAGAACAAAAGAUGAACGACAUGAAGGAUGUGGAGCUCAACGAGCUGGACCCGGAGAAGCAGCCCAUGACUGGCGACGGGCAGGCUGUCGGCGGCGAGAAAAACGGCAGCGUCAAGGUGAAGGUUCCCGAGGAAGAGGUGGCGUUCACGGGCCUGUCCAAAGAAGAACUCAUGAAAGUCGCCGGCACUCCGGGAUGGGUGAGGACCCGCUGGGUGCUGCUCAUCCUCUUCUGGCUGGGCUGGGUGGGCAUGCUGGCCGGCGCCAUCGCCAUCAUCGUCCAGGCGCCGCGCUGCAAACCCAUCCCGGAGAUGAAUUGGUGGAACGAGGGACCGCUGUACCAGAUCGCCGACGUCGAGGCCUUCGCCGACGGGCUGGCAGGUGUGGAGAAAAAGCUGGACGACAUCAACAAGCUGAAGGUGAAAGGUCUGGUUCUGGGCCCGUUUCACACCGUGCAGGCGGACCAACGGAGCACCCUAAACCUGAAGGAGAUCGACCCGACUCAGGGGAGCGAGAAGGACCUCCUCGCCGUGGUGGAUAAGGCCCACAAGAAGGGUAUUUCUGUGGUGCUUGACCUGACUCCAAACUACCUGGGAGCAUCUCCGUGGUUCAGCACCAGUGACCUCAGCGACGUGAUGGACAGCGUCCAGGACGCGGCGGAGCACUGGUUCCGUCUGGGCGUGGACGGCAUCAAGAUCGCUGACCUGCCGGCGGCCGCCAAGGCUGUGGACUUAUCCCAGCUGAUGGCCGCGAUUCAGGGGAAUGCAACCGAGGAGGAGACCAAGAAAAAGAUGCUGAUGGGGGUGACCGAAGGUGUUUCAGCCGUGGAGCUCUCCCAGCUGCUCAACACCUCCAGCGUCAGUCUGGUGCUGUCGGACCUGCUAAGCGCCAAACUCGGAGGUGCGGAGCGCAUCCACGCCUUGGACACGCUGCACUCCCAGCAGAGGAACGUGGCCUGGGGUCUCGGCGCCGCCCGGCGGGAGCAGCUGUCCAAACGGGCCGCGUCUCGGGCUCUGAUCCGCCUCUACCAGCUGCUGCUCUUCACCAUGCCCGGAACGCCCGUGUUUAGCUACGGCGACGACAUUGGCCUAAAGAUGGAGGGUGAGAAGUCUCCCAAAAUGAUUUGGGACCUCGAGAAGGAAGCCGGAGCCGCCGUCAACGAGACGACAGAGGCAGAGCGCGAGGAAUACGUCGCCGUGAGGAAGUGGUUCAAAUCCCUCAGCGACCUGCGGGGUAAAGAGCGCUCCCUCCUCCACGGCGACUACUAUCCUCUCCAGUCCUCCGCCUCGUCGCUCGCUUUCCUGCGCCUGUGGGACCAGAGCGAGAGAUUUGUCACGGCGGUCAACUGGGGCAACGCGUCGGAGACGCUCCAGCUCAAGAUGGCGCCGACAGAAGGAGUCGAGUUGCCAACAUCCGCUACGGUCAAGUUGUCCACUGAUCCAGAAAUGGAGCCAGAGUCCACAGUCGACCUGGUCAAAAUCGCCCUGGGACCCGGACAAGGCGUCCUCUUGCAAUUCCCUUACAAAGGCUGAAGAUGGCGGCAAAUUGCAGAAAAGUCACCAAUAGAUUGACUUUAGGUUUGUUUGUUUGUUUGUUAGUUUUCUCCUCCCAAAGUCAGGUGGCUUGUUAAUAAGCUGCACGUUUGUUUUGGCACAUUUCUCACAGCUAAAUUUGGCGAGCGAAACCUUCAUGGAGCAAUUUUUAUUUCUUUUUUUUUUUUUUUAGCAAAUUGUUUAUUUACUUUUCAGACCUUAAGAAGCAGAUUGUUUACAAAAUAUUUGACAUUCCAUUCUUGUUUGGCUGUUUUUCUGCGAGCUAUUUGAAUGUUGUUGUUUUUAAUAGUUUUCUCGUUUUGGCUGCGAGUCUGAGAUGUUGGCACCGCCGCGCUCAGAAAAAGAGUUUUGGAAGUAAAGUCUGUCGACCAAAAUGAAUAAACAAAGUUCUGUCCUCA